ACGAUACAAACUCUAUAGGUUUUCCAUUGAAUCGUUUUCAAUAAUGGAAACCUUAAACAUCGAUGCAACACGAUCUAGUAAUCGUAAUGUUCAUUUCAACUCACUUGCAGAUAACUCCAGUUUGAAAAUGGGCAAAUAUACAGAAAGGACAGAGAAAUGGCGCUACGUGGUAGCUUUAGGAAAGUUUGUUGUUCAUUUGAUCUAUCCUGGAAUGACGAAAGCUAUGUCUGUUCUUAUUCCGUCUAUGGUCUUCCAGUUACAGUUAGACUACACAAGGGUAGGAUUCCUAGUGGCCAUGCAAUUCGGCGUCCUCUAUCUUACCUGUCCGCUGAGCAAUUAUUUGUCAACAAAGUUUGGCCAUCGUCGUGUGUCGUCAGUGGGUGGUUUCUUGUCAGGUGUAUCAUUGAUGGGGGCCUUCUUCAGUCGCUCAGCGUUGUCACUCGGAUGCUCAUUCUUCUUUACAGGUUUAUUCUCGUCACCACUACGUCAGAGCUCAACUGUGAUCCUUCGUGAACACUUCAAGGAAAACUAUGGCAUGGUCCUUACCUUGACACAAAUGGGUGCUCAAGCUGGAGGUAUCAUUUUACCUUACAUAACUGUACAAUGUUUGAACGCAUACGGAAUGAGGGGGGCCUUUCUCUGUCUCAGUGGUAUCCUGUUCUACCAAACAGCCAUUGGGGCCACAUUCAGGCCUCCUCGGCUUUCCACUGCAGAAAGAGAGAAAGGAUGUAACAAUGAAAGGACUGAUGACGAGGAUUCAUCUCUAAUAAGAAGCAGAAAAAAUAAAAUCUCUCUUCAUAACAAAGAUGGUGAACAUAAUCUCAAGGACAACGAUGGGUCAAGCUUUGUAGGGCGGCUCAAGAAGGGCUCAUGGGCCUUGAUUGUAGAAUUUUUUUCAUCCGUUUUAGCUGUGGAUUUUCUGAGGAGGGAGCGCGUCUUCACCUUUCUGUACCUCCCGUGUCAUAUAUUAAGCCAAGUUGGCUUAGCCAUUUGGAUUACCUUUUCUGUGUCUUAUGGAGUAUCAGUCGGUUCGCCUGAAAACGAAUCUGUGUAUCUACCAAUGGUGGGAUCUUUAGGAGGUUUCAUUGGUCGGCUGAUACUUAUGAUAACUCUCUACAAGCACCCACACCUUGCACCCCACAUGUUUCCAGUCAACACAGCUAUAACAUCAAUCGCACUACUGGCCUAUCCCAUCAGCUCAUCGAUAUAUCACCUUCUAUUCUGUUCAUUUUUCGCUGGAUUUGGAGUUUACGGGGCAACCUCCACAUUUGACGCGGCUGUAGCUUUGAGAUACAAGAAUCAAGACUUCCCCGUCGCCGCGUCGAUCGUUUUCUGCACGAGUGGGGUAGUGCUUCUGCUAUCUGGAACACUUGCUGGUCUCUUUUAUGAGCUCUUUGGUUCUUUCAAAACUACCUUCAUGUCGACUGGUGCCAUCCUUUCGGUAACUUGUGCGAUAUUUUCUACUUUCCUCUUCAUGGAUGCGAGAUUAAAACGACACUCAUCCAACGAAAAGAGAUAAAAGAAAUCGUUAAUGGAGCUGAUGGUUCUGAUGUUAGCUGACAACGACGACGUUUAUAAUGAUGGUAUAAUGAUCAACUCAUGAAGAUGGGCGCGUCGUGGUCUAGUGGUUCUGACAGAGGAUCGUGGGUUCAAAUCCUAGCCGUGGCGUGUUUUCCUUCAGCAAGGAAUUAAUCCAGACGGUACUGCACUCGACCAAUAUGGGGUGCAUGGGUACCUGGUAUGAUUAAUUCCUUGAAUGCAUGAGCGCUGAGAGGCUGCUCGAGCUAAAGCCGGGGUAAUAACAAUAAUAAUGAUGACAAUACGCCUCGGACUAGAUUAUUUCAAGAUAGAUGGCGCUAUGUAAAUGCCUAUUAUUAUUAUUAUUAUCAUUAUUAAGAUGGUGGUGGUGGUGGUGACGAAGGCCCUUAAUACUUAUUAAUGAUAUUACUUUUACCUGAUUGCUAAGAAAGCAUGUAUGCUUGUAGGCAAGCAACCAGAAGACCAACAGCUUAAGGUCCUCUCCGAGGGACCUGGUGAUGAGAAUUAAUGCCUUUCCAAAAGGCACUAGCGCACCAAGUGGGAAUCGAACCCGGGUCACCAACACAAAUGCACAAAUCUUAUAUAGAUUAUCAUUUUCAACAUUACGAAUCUUAUAUAUUAUUCAAAAGGAGGUUUAACCCUGGACCAAUAACAUUUCAUGUGGUAUUCAAUGAUUUCAAAGACUUAAUCAUGAAGAAAUUAUUGUUGCUGUAACUACGUAAAUUUUGUUAAAACUACAUGCUUGGUAACUAAUCAUUGUAACUACCAUGAGCAGGGUUUAACAGCAGGCUAAUAAAAAUCAAAGUAUUUACUAUCUUGGUAAAAUUCUAACAUUGGUUAUUUAUGAGACUGGUCAAUGAUUUAAUUUGCUUUAUUCUAAUCAUUUACAAAACAUAUAUUUUCUACCAUGAAAUAAAGGGUUAUAGUGCGUUAUUCCGAAAGUUUUUUCGUUUGUUAUAUACCGAACGUUAUUAUUUCGAAAUAACGAAAACGGAGAGAGAUUGGAAUACUUUAUUUUGGUAUUUCUUUUUUUUUUAAAUUCAGUUCUCGAAUUGUUGAAUAAGAAUCGCAAUUUAUCCUGGUGAAUUUUGAUCCAGAAAUUCCAAGUGGGUUGAAUCAACCUAUAUGUUGUUUUUCUUCAACUUUCUUUUUUUUUCGUUGUCUUCUUCUUCUUCUUUUCCAUCUUCUUCUCCUCCUUCUUCUUCUCCCCCUUCUCCUCGUUCGUCUUCUUCUUCCUCCUCCUCCUCCUUCUCUUUUUCGUCUUCUUUGUUUUAUGGGUGUGUUUUACAUUACCCUUUUAUCUUAAAAAAUUAUUGCAUUCAGUCUGUGAUAUAUGAGUGUACUUUUUAAUUAUGUAAAUAGUUUCACAUUUUAAUGUUACAUGUUACAGUUUCACAGACAUAGACCUUCAUAUAUUUUAUGCAUGAAAGUACUGGAGACUAGUUGGUUUAUGCACCUACACUAUUAUUCUAACCCAACGAAUCCUUGGAAUGAGAGAUCCUUCUUUCAUUUCGUAUACACAGUACAUCGGGCAGCAUUUUGUAACUAGACCUAUAGUUUGAUACUUUUUUUCUUGUUUUUAGGAAACUAAGUAAAUAUUUGAUGAUGACUGAAACUUGAUGAUAUCUCUAUCAGGUCUUAGACUGUCUAAUUUCAUAUUUUAAUUAUAAAUGUAAUUCUAUAUUUGUUAAUGACAUGAUCAUUAAAUUCAGGGCGGCUCGUUGUUUCUUUCUAUCGAUAUAUUUUCUCUUUGUCUUUCUUUGUUGCUUUUGAAUCGCAUUUGGGUACAAAAUUCGAACAGCGGUUGAUCAGAUGAGUCAGAAAUAGGUCAAACUAUUAAUAUUCGCUCGAUACAGGGAACUUCACAUGUUCCCGCGGCAGAAACGGUAUUCAACUCACACGGUCAUGAAAGUGACUUGAGCGAAGAAUGUCACUGUUCACAAAACUUUCACAAAGAUUAGCUUCAUGCGUACAUAAUAAUAUUUAGCUCCAAUAAAACUGCAGUCUUUUGCAAUGUAUCGCAAUUCAACUUCCCUUGGCUUAUUCAGUUCUCUACUACCAUCGAUUGUGCAACCUAUUUUUAUUUUUAUGUAUUUUUUGUUAUUUCUGAGCUUAUUAUACAAAGUGCUUUAUUGGUG